AUGGCUGACCCACGGCAGAGCAUCCGAGAUCGAGCCAUCCGACGCGUGCGGCGCGCGUGUGAUGCUUGCCGUCGUCGUAGGGUGAAGUGCAAUGGCAACCCUGAAUGUUGCCAACAAUGCAGCCAUCUCAAUCUACGAUGUGUCUACUCGACUGACGCCCGGAGUAGCUCGCGUAAUGGUGUUGCCAGGGGCUCGGUGAUAUCUGCUCUGAGGGACAUAUCGUCUCCCACGGCAACCGCAACAACAGCGCGGAGCAGCAACAACGCAACAUCAAGUCGGAUACUAGGGCACGGUGAACGCAUAACACUUGGCGGACAGACCAAGGAGACUUCGUCAAAGAUACAGGCUGCGGCCAUGUUUUCGAAAGAGUUUUUCAAGGGGCUAUUAAGCGACUAUACUCUCCAUGUAUACGUUGUGAAUCCCAUCAUUAGUCCUCUUGAAAUGGCCGAGUCAAUUGAGAGGAUGGACCAGCCCGAGAACCUUGUCGAUAACGCUCUCGUUCAUGCAUAUGCCGCAGUGACUCUCAAUUUGACAACACCCAACUGGCAGGCUGAUCAGGCAGAGUCAUUACGCAUUCAUCAACUAUUGGGACUUGCUUUAUCAGCACGUGAUACUCUCGUGACACGGUCUAUGAGCAUCAUAGAAUCAAGCAUCCACCCACACCUGACGGCGCGACUCAUCAUGACGGCAAUCUUCAUUGAGAUUUGCUUAAUGGCUGUUGAUAAGUUCUCCGAAGCCUUCAUGAUCCUGAGAGAAGCCAUUGCGAUGAUCCAGCUGCUGGGCGUCGAUCGCUUGGUGGCCGAGGACCCGCCGAAUCAGGCUGCACCUGGGCAGACACUCACAAGUACUUCUCGCCUUCCCCCAGAAGAGCGUUCGAGGAGGAUCCGAAUGUACUGGGAGGCCUUUAUUCACGAACGCUUCUUGACCAUUGUUGCCUACUAUCCUGCAGCUCUUGCGCCACUGCCCCCAGAAGUCUCGUUACCGACAGAAGAUCCAUCAAUACCGCAGAAUGUGCAGACUGGAUGGCGUUAUCUUGUCCGGCUGUUCUGCGUCGUAGACGAUGACUUUAUACGAUACUGGAGAAGCAUCGGCAGCGCGCCACCUCGGGGGGUCACAGCAGAGUGGAUUGAGACUAAAAUGCACCACCUGGAUGAUUUGAGCCACAUGGAUCUCGAGAUGUAUCAGGAUACGCGAUAUCACAAUCUCCAGGACGCGUCUGGAACAUCAUCUUUUCAAGUGCUGGGUGAAGAACCAGUAGAGCCGGACUGCCUCAGCACCCUCCAGAAAGCUGACAUAAUCGUUACACGACAGUGGCUACUCAUGGUCUUGUGGCAACUAGCCAUCUCGAGUUUUCCGCUCACUUCGCAGUCCAUAAGAACCAGAUCGGCUGCCAUGUCAUUACAGUUCCCAGCACGUUUGUCUCAGCAGCUCCGGCAAGUCGUCGUCAUCUUGGGGAGGAAAAACAUCGAGAGACACGGCUCUGGGAUUCUCAAAAAGCUAUUUGAGAUUACCAAUGCGCUUGGAGACGUGAUCAUACAUGUCCCAACUGAUAGCACUGAUCAUAGAUCUCAGUGGCUAGAUGACUUCAAUUUCUUGUUUGACUUCCUCCAUAACUCUGCAAGCCUAAGCGAGGUCCAGGUCAACAUAUUGGCCGAGAAGAGCAUAGCAGCCACAGCCUGCGUUAGAAGAGAACAGCGAUUGAGGUCGUAG